AGAUCGCUAGAAUACUAGCGAUCGUACAUUUUAAUGUACCAAAAAUUGGACAGAUGACAGGUAACAACCCACCCUUGGCGCUGGCUCUACCUACUUGAGGCUUGCAGUUUUCCUCACCAUUGGAUUGUGUGCCUUACACGACGGGUUCAAGUCUAAUGGCACAACUAACGUUAGACUACUGCAGAGGUUGGCGAAAUAUUGUAAAUAGUUGUUGUGGCACUUACCAACUCGAUGUCUCAUUUAUUGCCUGCAGGUGCCUGGUCACCUUGUCGUGGUCAUUAGAGUUAAAUCACAGUUAUGUCACAGUCAAAUAGUCUAAAAGGUACCCAAUACACCCGAUACACCGCUUCCUGUAAGCGCGCUAUAGCCGCGUCGUUAUAAAUAUCGAACGCGGAACCGUAAACUUAUCGACACUAUACGCUAGAAUAUGACCGACCGACACGUCCGAUGUGCAACUCUUUCAGUUUUACUUCCGUCGGCCCCGCAGGCCCCCCAUGCCCCGCGCCCGACGGUAGCUGUGAGGGAUAUAAAACUACCCACUUGUAGGGGGAGAAUAAAAAUGAAUCGAGCCACCUACAUUAACCGCGUAUACUAAACCGGGAAAUUCAAAACUAUAGUUCGUCAUUGAAGAUGACCAAAUAUAGUGCAUAUGUAAUAAACACAUUGCUAUCCUAAAAAAACAUCCUCGGCUCUUCUUAUAAUUAAUUUAUUGUCGGUGUGCGACUAAAAGUAGUUGUAGUUCAAACAAAAACCAUGAUUUCAAUAUAUAAAAUCUAUUAAAUUGUGUUAAAUCAUCAUGUUUUCGACCCAGAAAUCUGUGGUACACCGUUUUACGCAUCUUUUCCUGAUAACCCGUAUAAAAACGUUAUAUAAAGGUGUCGAUAACUUUUUCGAAUGUAUUUUAAACUAUUUGCAGAUAUUUAGGAAAUGAAUGAAUGAUAAGCUUUUAUGGAAUUUCUUUGUUCUCUCGCUUAUUAUAAUUUAUAAAUUUUUGUUGUAUCGCCGGAGGCCUAAUUUUUCCUUUCCUUUGCCCUUCCCACUCUUUUGUUAUGAAGAAAAAUUCCCUUUUUGUGUGCAUCUCCUCCUUUAUCGAUUAAAGACAACGUAUCUGCAAUUGCGCGUGUCUAGUAGCAGUCUAGAAGUACGAUCUCUUGUGUCGGAGGACAACACCCACUUUGGGUCGCUGUGCUAGCAGAGUAAGUAGCGGACACUUCGCUAUUUUGGGUAAUUCAAGUGGCUGUUUGCUCGUUUGCCACUUAAAGGACAUAGUUACCUCGUGUAAUCAACUUUAGUCUGUAAAAUUACUGUUUUGUAAAAUAUAAUAUUGCAAUAAUUCUCAUCACAAGCCUAUAACAGGUCUAACCGGCAUACAACGUGAUUACCUUGCCAAAAGGCCAAAAGGGAUAUCACGAUUUUAGCUCAUUUUGCUACACACAUAAAUUGCUAUUUAUAUGGUUAAGCCUAUAAAGCCUAUGGUCAUGAAAUUACGGAAUUAUGCUGAUCGUACACUUCGAGCGUCCAAGUUGUGUUUGUGAUAUUUUUAUAGUAAACAAUUUUUUACAUUAUAUUAGUUGAAAUGUAUCUAAUUUUACUUGUUUUAACUUUAUCUGUAUAUUGCAUUGGCGCUAGAAACCUUUCGGAUGCAGAAGCAAAGAUUGUAGAAUAUAAAAAUGAAAAUAUUGGCCUUGGUAAUUACAAAUUCAGGUUUGAAACAUCAAACGGUAUAUUAAGGGAAGAAACAGGGCGACGUAUCAAUAUUGGUCAAAUGGACGAACACGUCGUAGUUCAAGGAUUUUAUUCGUAUAAUGACACAGAAGGAGUAUUACAUUCAGUUCAUUAUAAAGCUGACACGAAUGGUUUUGUCAUUGUAGACCCAAUUGCUGGAGGGUUAAGAAUUUCAGAAAAUUUGGUCGCAUCUCUAUUGGGGAAAUGAACGAUGUCAUGAAUAUCUUCGAUAAAAUAGUAUCUAAUAGUAUACAAGAAAAAAAAACAAUAUAAACGAGUUUCCGA